AGCGAACCUUGCAGCUUCAACGUUUCAACGGGGCACCAUACAUAAAAGUUGGAACGAUACAGAUGUGUGCUCGAGUAUGAACUUCAUGGAUUGAGCUAUGCUGGUUGUAUCCGAAUUCAACAGAUGGCGCGCUUCCGCUGGAUUUCUAAGCUCUAUUCGCCGCCGCUUCUCGUUGCUGUCCAUCGACCUUAAACUUCAAGCUUCACUGCCCAACCGAACGACUUCAUUGCUUGAAUAGGCUUGCACUUCUAUCCACUAUGGCUACACAGUCCCGCCCGCAGCCCAUGAAUGCUUCUGAACACCAUUCCAAGGUCAAAGUCACGUUAACCCUCUCCGACCCCAUAUUCGUUGCUGGUCGUUGCAUAUCUGGGAAGAUGGAAGUGGAGAGUCGUGCUGACUUGGAUUCUUUACUGGGCAUAGGAGCCAUGACAGUGGAGUUAUACGGUAUUGAAGAAAUCAUCUCCCAGGAUCACAGUGCAACUUCUACCUUUAUCCAUUCUCGCAGAAUAUUUCAGGGCCCUGGACUCCCUCCAUCAAAUUCAGUAUACCCUGACCAUGUCCCAGCUGAGGGAGAGCCGCUGCUACCCGCACAUCACUAUGCCGCACGUCGUGGACUUACUACCUUCUUUUUCCGGUUUCCGCUCCCGCUUUCGUCUCCUGCAUCCAUACGAUUCGGACCUGCCAGCAUCAGAUACGAGGUCCGCGCCAACGUCAGUGUAGCAUGGCGGGGUGACAGGCGUCUUGUUACCGACACCCGUGAAGUUAGAGUUGUGGAAAGUUUGGAUGCCAUCGCUCAAGCAGAAAUACCUCAGGCGGUAUCAAUUGCAGAGGGUGGUAAGAUAUGGGCAUGCGCCAGCAUAACUAGUGGGACUGUCGUUGGUGGGGAGGCUAUCUGUAUUGAUUUACAGCUGAAAAACUACACAUCUAGAUGGACUUGCGGUGUAACAGUUUUUCUAACGCGGUCCCUGCACCUAUCCAAUUCUCUAGUUGGAGCGAAGCCCCCUCCACAUUUGGCUGACGUUGUCACCCAAGUUGAUUUUCGUGGCCCCGAGUAUUCACUUCCGCCUGGAAUUGAGGGGUUAGCACGUCUUGUCAUUGACGUACCACGUCAUUUCCGUGGUGCUAAAGGAAGUUCGCGCCUGGACGACAGUGGGCGAACGACUGACAGCUUAUUUGAGGUAAGUUGCGCUUUCGACGUACGUGUAGAGAUGCCUCCCGGAAGCGAAGAUGUAUCGUUGAUCUUGCCCAUAACUGUCCACCACUCGCUUGCUCUACCUCAACCUCUGGCAUCACCCUUCGCUAUCCCCUCACCACCCCACUCACAUGUAUCCCCAUCGAGUGCCGGAUCCCCGCCUCUUCCCCUUCUGGAAUUACAGCCUCAUCGCAGUGGCGAUUACAACCCCGUUUGGUCGUCCGGAGUGGCGCAGCCCGUUCAUGAAAUCCCGUCUUCUGCGACGAGUGUUGUUCAUUCUUGGCAGCAUUCCUUGGACCCUUACAUCACACCACUGCAGCGUUCGACAUCCGCAGGUCCGCAAGUGCCUGUACCAUUUCAUGACCCACCGACUAGCGAGUUCCUCUCUGCGGAACCACUUCGUUCUCCUAUAUUCGUACCCUAUCCGAGUUAUCUUCCUCUCUCCUCCCACAACGGUGCGAGUGCUACGAACUACACCGACUCCCCAGGGAGGGGGCCGCACGCAUCUCGCAUCUCGCACAACCUUCAUCAAUCUUCUCGGCAUCGCUCAGCAUCACCCUACUCCCGUCAAUGCGCACAACUCGAAACUUCUAUGAUACCACGUGCACUUCCUUCUCCUCACGCCCAGUUUCGUUCCAUUCCAGUACCUCUCCAGUGCAAUUCCUACGGAUUACAGGGUGGUAUCUCCUGCCCUCGACCAAUACCAUCCCCUAAACAUUCGUUAUCAGGGUCAAUUUCCAAAAGCGAGAACGUGUGUAUGCUGGAGCGUAUGGCAGAUGAGGUUGGGAUCCAGAACGGUGAUCUUAGUGCUGACCUCCCGAGAGGCAAUGCGGACGCAAACCUCUGCGUUCAGGGUCCGGCUCUUGUACCUGACGUUUUCGAGUCGCUUCCUAGCGCUUCUUUUCUUCUCGACAACAACAGAAACAUCCAUCAGCAAGUUCACGUCAGCGAGUCCCUUACCGAAGAAACCCCGACCAACCGCCCGUCUUCACAAGCAUCUUCGGAUAUUCUUUGUGCACCCCCUAUACCACCCAUCGCUGCUAUUACACCCAUUAAAUUUCCUCGUCUCCCGGCGGCAGAAAGUGGCGACUUAAUUACGAAUCCUGGAAACUUUACUGAAGAGAGUGGAUUGGACGCGCUAGAGCGACGCCUCAUAGCUGAGGUAGGGACUCGCUGCGCAGACACAGAGCAGCGUCCUGACGUGCGCAGCCUUGUGCGGCCAAUAACUAUUCCUACUCGGGAUCUGGACCCCCCUGACGGUGUUAACGACAGUGCUAUCUCGAGCUUAACGCUAGCUGAUCGAGAUGCAAUAGUAAAGGGUUCGGCUCAAGACAAAGAGCAAGACCGCGAUUCAGAUGAGCGGACUCAGCACAUAGAAAGCGGAGAGAUUCCGUCUGAAGAUGAUGGAGAUGCUCGCACUCAGAAAGGAAAGAGUGUCCGCGGGAUUUGGCAAAAUGGAAACGGUGGCGAGGGUCACGAAAGAAUGGGGAGGCGACGGGAGAGAAAGAAAGGCAGAAAUGAAGAAUCACGGAAGUUCAGAAAAGAGGCACAGGGACGUGUUGCGGCAUGGCUUGGAGGGAUAGACACGACAGCACCGCCAGCCACGGACGACACCAUCUCUCUCGCCUCGCCUUCGGAACCGCUAGCUAACAAGUUGCGGACGCGACUCCCCCAAGGAGACACAGUGGACGAAAGAGGGAGUGAGCGGUAUUUUGCUUCAAAGGACACAUCAUCAUCUCCAAAUCCGCGCUCCUCUGGGUUUGCAACUAUCUCAUCACUGGACAAGAACCAGAGAUCUGAGAACCCGACGUUCAGAAAUUCCCCUCGCAGGCUGUUGGUAAACAAUCCUCUUCAGCCACCGUCUCCUCAGAUGGACAGUUUCCAUCCUCCUGUGGCUUCUAAGCCCCUCGUUGCUGAGGGGGAAACACUGCCUGCAUCUUCGUCGUCACGGCUACCUCCACGCGUGGCGGAUAUCGAAGGAAAGUACGGUGUACGUUCGGCCCGAGGGGGCAGAGGUGGAAAGGUGAUGCGCGUAGCUUCCCUAUGGGCUGCUAAGGCAACUGAAGUUAACAUGAAGGGAGCUCCCUCGCCUCCUCCCCGAAAGGUGACCCCCAGUAUUCCAAAAUUCUCAGCCGCGAAGGCUUCUCCUUUUACCUCGCCCGUCGCAGGAUCAUCAGACGCAGAGUUCAGACACAACAUUAACCGCCAGGCUAACCCAGCGAAAGCUACGACGGUUCCAGCAGUGAUAUCAUCUUCACAUGCUGUACCUAUGCUCUCAUCUACUGCAUCUCUCGCUCUCCCGCAAGCCACUAAUAAGCCCAGGACUACUAGCCUGGCCCCUACGAUUUCCGAGGCGGUAUCGGACAUCAAAAGUGCAAGUAAGAACGCAGCCCCAAGAUCAAGAGGGGAACUUGCUUUUGGAAAAGCAAGGCUGAAAGCCCUUAUCCAGAAAUACCAAGGGUGACGUGUAGUUCUUCAUUAUUUUUUUGGCGUGUAUUUCCCUGUCGCCUUGUAGUUGUUAGAACUACUGUAACCUGUGCUUCGUGCUUGUUAGCUACCUUGUUUUCACCAGCUCUUUUUUGUGUGUAAGAGGCACCUAAUACUAGCGGAGUUCUUUGGUUACUAUUACUUGUGACAUCACUGACAUUCCCUCGACGCCGACUGUCUCGACAUUCAGCCUCGAGUUGCUUCUCGUGAUGCCUUUACAAUACAUACUCUGCCAGUCAUGUCUUGUUUUCUAUCAGAAACCUGCA